AUGCAGUACCUCAACCUAUCUGCAGCCAAAGGAGAAGGCGAUGUCCCCGAAGUACAGACCGAGACCUUGCCUGAAGAGUCCAGCCAGGCUACACCGAGCACACCGGCCGAGAACAUACCCUUACCCAUAUCGCCGGUGGAGGAAUUUGGGAAAGAGCUUGGUGAGGAAGGAAGACAGGAGCGGAGAGAAUCUCAGCCUACUUUGACGAGAUCCGAGACGCCCAAAUCAGAGUCCUCGAAAGCCCCACAAAAGAAGAAGCGAUGGAGUGCCAUGUUCUGGAAGAAGAAUACAGACAAGAAGUCCACAACUACGCCAGAGGCGGACAAGUCUCAGAUCGAAACUACCAGUCCUCCAAACGCAUCGGAUGCUUCCACAAACGGGAAAGAGACAGAGAAGGAUAAAGAUGCGGAAGAUAUGACCGAUAUCCUUGAGAGGCUGAACCUAGCCGCGGACAACAACAAAGUGUUCUCAAUCAGCGAAGAAACGCAAGAGCUUCUGCGCAAGUUCAAGCUCAUUUUCAAGGACCUGAUCAACGGAGUGCCAACCGCUUACCACGACUUGGAGAUGCUCCUUACCAAUGGCAACCGCCAACUGCAAGAAACCUACACAAAGCUGCCUGGUCCUAUGCAGAAGUUGAUCGAGAAGCUCCCUGGACGCUGGACUGAGAACCUGGCGCCGGAGAUGCUUGCUGUUGCCGCCGAGCGUGCUGGUAAGAGUGGUGUUAACAUGGAAAAUGUCGGCAAGGCAGCAGCUGCCGCUGAGAAGAUGGGCAUCAAUGUCCCGAGUUUGAAAGAACUGGUGUCAAAACCAGCUGCUUUGGUGGGAAUGCUUCGCUCGAUCAUGGCUUUCCUCCGAGCUCGAUUCCCCGCCGUGAUGGGAAUGAAUGUGCUCUGGUCGUUGGCACUGUUUAUUCUCUUAUUUGUCCUGUGGUAUUGUCACAAGCGUGGACGCGAGGUUCGCCUUGAGAACGAGCGUCUGGUGACCGAGGAAGAGAUCAACAAGCUCAACGAAGACACUUCGGAGGGAUUAAUACGUCCUACUGAAACCUUGACCACCACAGCGCCUCAAGGUGCCACUUCCGAGGAGAUUCGGGAAGGUGUCAGGAAGGUAGAAGAGGCUCGUGCUGGUCCAGCGGAAACUGCCACUCCGGUGGAAGGCCAAGAUGACAUCCAAGAGGCGUCAUGGCCACCACCCAUGCCAACCCGGUCAAAAUCCCGUCUUUCUAUCUUCGGUCGGGCUAAGACAGAGCCGGUAACCAACACUGUUGCGCCCUAUCCUGGAACUUGA